UUGCAUCAUGGCGGCCAUCGAGCGAUGGCGCGUCGUGGUCGGAAUCGCCUUGGCUUUCUACGCCGCGCACGUGUCCAAGAUGCACCCUGAUGAGGACGGCGUCGAUGGCAUUAUCAUCCAUACACCAACUGACUAUGACGAUCCUCUGGAUGGAGGCAAGUGCUCCAUCGACGUGCAAGUGGACUUGUCCUGCGACGACUUUGUCAACACGUACCUCGGCGUCCAGCCCGUGAUCAUUCGACCAUCGUCGUCAACGUCCGGUCUGUGGAACGCCGAAUUUAGCGCGUCAUCGUCGCGGGACCACAUGGAGACCGAGUACGGCGACUUGCGUGUGAAAAUGUCUACGGCCAAUUCAUACACUGGCAAGGAAUGGACGGAAAUGACCGUGUCCUCGUACAUGGCGACGCAACUGCACGAUGCAGAGGUGGGUACGAUGGGCAACGAGACGUUCUACUUGUUUGGCAGCACCCGGGGCCCUGCAUGGGACGCUUUCCUCGCCACCUAUAACCCGCCCACGUUGGUGUUUCCCAGCGAAUCAUUCCAUCCGCCAGCGUCCUGUGAUGUAAAUGCACUGGCGCGACACACGUCGACCUCCACGAGCGUCAGCUUCGGUAUGGCCGGGCGAGGGUCGGGCGUGCCGUUUCACUUUCACGGGCCAGGGUUCCUGCAGCAGAUCCACGGUCGCAAGCGGUGGUUUCUGUACCCGCCAAGGACAACUCCCGAGUUCCACCCCGAUGAAAGUACGCUCCAGUGGGUCAAGAACGUGUACCCGACCAUGAGGGCACCCCCGACGCACGAGUGCGUGCUCGAGCCACGGGAUGUCCUGUAUUUCCCCAAUGAGUGGAUGCAUGCAACGCUCAACCUCAGUCCGUUCACAGUGUUUGUAGCCACAUUUGCCUAAGUCGUUGGACUACAUCGCAAAAAGUCCCUGUUGGCUUGAGAUGAGUAUUUGUGCUAGACCCCCCCUACUUUUUACUUACAUCUGGUUCGUCGGGG